UAAAAUUUUGCCUAAUAUUCGAAAACACAGUAACCGAGAACGUCGUUGAUAAGUCACCAGAAAAACACUGUGAUUUUUUAAAAAUCGUCUGCUGAAUUGUCAACGUAACGAUGACGAUGCUAGACCACAGCAGUAGUCACGCCACUUCAGAUCCGUCACUGCCACUGAUGUUGCUACUGCUGCUACUACCCUUAACGUACGGUGGCGGCGGCAACGUGCUCGAGACGAAAGCAGAGAUCGGCCAGUUCAUGGAUGAACUUCCGGUCACGUACCGAGAAAAUUUAGAGCUGUUGGAUAACGUGAUGGCCCUCGACGAUGAGUGGUCACCCAUUUGGAAUGAAAAGCUCAAAAUAGACGUACUGACAGAAGCAGAUCUGGUCAAGGAGUUCUGUCCGUCAAUGUGGAGCAUUGAAGGUAAGGUGGACACGCUCCAUGCUAUAAAGUUGGUAAAGGAACACUGCUUUUACUCAGAUAUGUACGUGGCGUUUGCCGUAAAGUUGAUAGGUUAUUCGGUCCAGUGUCUAUUAAACAAGCACGCCAGCAUACAAUUGUCUGCAAUAACGAUGAUAGAAAAUGAUUGGCCGGUAAACGAAAUCGACAAACACCUAGAACGCCUGGUGGAAGAUUACCACUUGAUUGCCGACCGGUUGGCCACAGUCGGCGUGAAUCUCACCAACCUGAUUUCGUUGGCCAAAUUGUAUGAUGCCUUCAGAAAACAACUGGUUCAGUACAAAAAUAAUUCGAUGCAAAUCAAUAAGGAGACAAAAGAUAAGUACUUAAGACGCAUUAACAGUGAAGCCAAAAUUUUGAUUGAUAGAUUGGAUACCGAUAUCGUUUUAUAUUGCGACGAGGCAUCACCAACCGUUUGGUAUGACCGGGACACUAAGAAAUCCGUCAGUUUCGACUUAGCGUAUUCCGAGGAUGAGGUCGUCACUUACCAAACGGACGAUCCAUCAUCGUCCACUCUGCCAGCUGAUGAUGUUCCACAGCAUAAAAUAUUGAAAAAAGCACACCAGUUGAGAGUGAUAUCGCGCAAGGUAUUCGACGACCUACUCCUCGGAAAAAUGUCAUUGGACGUUUGGAAACAGUUAUUUGAAAAUUACCUUCUCGAAGUAAAUCAAAAGAAAGAAAAAUAAAAUUGUUACUAAACGAAUCGAAUAUUAAAAAUCUGUAAAUAAUGUUUAUUUAAGGAUUAUAAUUAUUUAAUA